AUGAAUCGGAGUGUCAGCAAAAUGUGGGAAAAGUACUGCCUGCGUCCAACGCAGGGCACUGUAUCCACCACCAUCCCAAUUUUCAUCUACGGCACAGCCUGGAAGAAAGAUCGCAGCGCAGAUCUGGUGUACAAUGCAAUAAAUGCUGGGUUUAGAGCUGUGGAUACCGCGGCCCAACCCCGUCAUUACCAGGAGCAUCUCGUUGGCGACGGUAUCCGCAGAGCUAUUGCCGAUGGGAUCGUCGAACGAAAGGACUUAUAUGUUCAAACUAAAUUUAGCCCCAUCUCGGCGCAGGACCCUGACAACAUGCCAUAUGAUGCUUCUGCGCCAGUAACCGAACAAGUCCAUGCAUCGAUUAAAUCAUCUUUGCAAAACCUUCGCUCAGAAGAGGACCUCAAAUCCGUGGACGAGUCAUACAUUGAUACUGUGGUCAUUCACUCGCCACUUUCAACUCUUGCCCAGACGCUAGAGGCCUGGCAUGCCCUGGAAACCUAUGUCCCCCACCGCAUCCGCAACCUAGGAAUCUCCAAUUGUACACUACCCAUGUUGAGAGAACUCUGUACCUCGAGCCAGACUACCGUGAAGCCAUCGGUGGUUCAGAACAGAUUCUACGAAGACACGUUGUUUGACGUCCCUCUCCGAGCAUUCUGUCGUGAUAACCAGGUCAUCUACCAAAGUUUCUGGACUUUGACAGCCAACCCAGACCUUGUACGAUCCAGCCCUGUGCAACAACUGGCUCGUCAUGUGGAGAUAACUCCGGCAGCAGCCUUUUACACUUUGGUUAUGGGUCUGAAAGAUGUGACUGUGUUGAACGGAACUAAGAACGAUGAGCGUAUGAAGGAGGAUCUGGCUGCACCAAAACAAGUUGAAGCAUUCACACACAAGCAACCUGAAGUGUGGCAGAAUCUUCUGUCUGAAUUUCAGAACUUGAUCGGCGAAUCUACGUUAUGA